AUGGCGGAAGCCUUGCAAAGAGGAGGCAUCUUGGGCUGGGGCUCCUACUUGACGUUCGCCUGGGCCGGGCCUUUCCUCAAGCUCGGCUCCACUGUCACUCUCAAGGAAGAGCACCUUGAGGGAAUCUACCACAAGCACGAGAGCCGGCGCCUCUAUGACAAGCUUCGACGGAACUGGGAAUUGGAGAGGUCCAGGAUGGGGGGAGACAGCGAGCACAGCCGCGGCAGGCGCAAGGGCACCACUCUCCUCAGGGCUCUGGUUGCCACGUUCAAGCGGGGACUGGCGCUAACAGCGUUGCUCAUGAUCGGGGAUAGCGCCAUCCAUAUCCUUCAGGCGUUAUCGCUGGGGUGGCUGAUCGGAUACUUCGACGACGACAGAUCGGAGAGUUGGGAGGGCUGGACCUACGCCUCCGCCGUCGUGCUGGGCGGGGUGUUGUUCAGCUUUUUUCAUCACCAUUUCUUUUUCGUGGGGUGGACGCUGGGCAUGCAGCUGAGGAUCAGCACCACCACCGUCCUCUACGACAAGAUUCUACGACUUCGCCUCAGCUCGCUGGGACAGAUUUCCACCGGACACCUGGUGAACCUGACGACGAGCGACGUGGAGAGGUUUCAGUACGGAGGUCUGUUCGUCAACUACCUCUGGGAGGCUCCCCUGGAGAGCCUGGUCAUCUUGUACUUCGGCUUGGACCUGGUCGGGGUGUCCUUUCUGGCGGGAUUCGCGGCCCUCGCGCUCAUAGUCCCCAUGCAGGCGGCGUUUUCCCGCAGGUUCUCGCAGGUGCGGCAGCGCGUGACAGUCCUGACCGACGAGAGGGUGAAGCUGACCAAUCAGGCCGUCACGGGCGCGAGGCUGAUGAAGAUCAACGCCUGGGAGCCCGCCUUGGAGAAGGAGAUUCGCAGGGUGCGCGCGGAGGAGAUUCGCGUAUUGCUCAAGGCAACCCUGCUUCGCGCGAUCAACGAGGCCAUGUUCUUCGUACAGCCCGCCGUCUUGUCAUGCCUCGUGUUCGCCACAUACCACCUGCUCGGAAACGUCCUCACGGCACGGCAGGUGUUCACCACGCUGGCGCUCCUCAACAUCACCCAGUUCACAAUGGGAAAAUUCCUCUACCUUGCCGUGCAGACCACCAGCGAGAGCUGGGUCUCCAUCAAGCGGAUGGAGACCAUCCUGCUCAUGGAGGAGAACGAAACUCUAACUGCACCGCUGCGAGAGUUCGACCUCGCCAUCAAGCCGGACAAGGGGAUGCCGCCAAACCCCCCCGCUUCCGCCGCCGCCGCGGCGUCGACACCAACAGGGUCAGGGUCUACCCCUUCCCCCCCUCCCUUGAUGGCCUCCCGCGGCGGGGCCCCUACCGUGGCCGAGGCAGAGAUGAGCGCGGCGGGAGCGGGUUCCGCACCAGGAGCAGCGGCAGCAGACGCCGUCGCACGGGGCGAGGCGGGAGGGGAAUCCUCGAUGCCUGGGUGCGUUCGGGGUGUUCACGAACAGGAGAGCGGUAGCGGCGGUGACGGGGGUGGUGGUACCGGCACGGGGGACGCGAGGCCGGGCCUGGUUUCGUUGAAGGGGGCGAGCUUCCGAUGGGCUAGCGGGGGGGAAGAGGAUCAGCACGCCAAAAUCUUCCGCGGGUUGAUGGAGGGCGACGAGAAGAAGCGAAAGGCGGCUAAGGAUAACGGGAUCGGCGAUGGAGCUGAGGCUGCGCAGGUAGAAGAGGACAACGAAGCUGAAGACAACGCCGGAGGAUUGACCCUUGACGCCAUCGACCUGCGGAUCGAGCCGGGGCAGCUGGUGGGAGUGGUCGGGCCAGUCGGGUCCUCCAAGAGCUCGCUGCUCAUGGCCGUGCUCAGGGAGAUCGCGCCGGAGAGUGCGGCUGGAGUGGGAGGGGCUUCGGCAGCCGAGGGAGGUGCCAGCCAUGGCCACGGCGAGCGAACUAGUGAGCUGGGUGUGUCUGUUUUGGGAAGCCUAGCUUACGCCUCACAAGAACCUUGGAUUCAGUCGGGGACGCUACGGGAGAACAUCUUGUUCGGGAGAGCCAUGGACCAAAAGAGGUACGACGCGGUGAUACGAGACUGUGCCUUGGAAAGGGACCUCUCCCUCCUACCAUCGGGCGACCAGACCGGUAUCGGAGACAGGGGCGUCAAUCUGUCCGGGGGCCAGAAGGCGAGAGUGGGGCUGGCCCGCAUGGCCUACGCGCAUGCGGACACUUACCUUAUGGACGACCCCCUGUCGGCGGUGGACCCGGCCGUCGGGCGCGAGCUCUUCUCCAAGGUGGUGUGCGGCAGGCUCAAGGGGAGCACAAGGGUCCUCGUGACGCACCAGGUGCACUACUUGAGUGACCCCGAGGUGGACCAGAUCAUCGUCAUGCACCACGGAAAGAUCAUCGGAAAAGGGAGCUACCAAGAGCUCGAAGCCAGCGGAAGCUUCGCCGCGCUCGAGCGUCCGGCCCCGCCCACGAAAGCCACCGGGGGAGAGGCCGAGGUCGACCACGGUUGUAGUGCCGUUAGCAUCACCGCUGCAGGAGGAGUUUCCCGGCCCUCCCGCGCCCGCAGCACUAGCAGUGCCGGCAGCGCCUACCACAAGAGGCCGCCGCAGGCGGCGGUGGCGGCGGCGGCGGCCCAAUCCUCCUCCUCCUCGUCUCGCUCUGCCUCCAGCGCUGCGCUUGACGGCAGGGGCGGCGCGCCAUCUGAGGGGUGCGCCCCGGCGGCUGACGGAUCUUCAACGUCUUUGGAAAUGACGGCUAUAAACGUCGAGGGCGGCGACAACACCUCGGUUGAACUCCACCGAGAUCAGCAGAAGCAGGAGGAGGAGGAGGAGAAGGACGGUGGGGGUGUCGGACACGACGGCGAAGAUGACUGUUGGGGCGACGCGGACGGGGACAGCAACGAGGGGGGUCUGGUGGCGGCGGAGGCCGAGAAGUGGGUCGGUGGGGUUGUGGUGGACAGAGCGCGCAGCCGGAGUUCCAUGUACCGCUCGGAGGAGGCGGUGUCAUUCCAGCAGCAGCAGCAACAGCAGCCGCGAUCGAGGGUGGCGAGUAGCGCGGUAGCAGCAGAAGCGGGCGGUCAUUCAGAAAUAGAGAAGACGGUGACCGAGGGUGAGACGGUGGCGGAGGGUGAUAAGGAGGCGCCGCCGGAACUCGUCGUCUCGGAAGACCAGGAGUCUGGGGGGCUGAAGCGCAGCACCUACGGGGAGUACAUCAGGGAGGCUGCCGGCGUCUGGCAGGUCGUGCUGAUUUUCUUCUCCAUGGCGGGAGGACAGGUGCUGGUGAUGGGGGUGACGGUUUGGCUGGCCAGGUGGUCGCGCCAGAGCGAGGAGGAGCAGGACCGGAGCCGGAACGUCAUCGUUCUCGCGCUUCUCACCGCAGCAGCCGUCGUGGUCUCCCUUUUCAGGGCCGUCCUAACCUUCUUCAGUCUUGUCAAGGCUUCGCACCGGCUGCACGAUCGAAUGCUCAAGCGGGUCGUCCGCGCCCCGGUCCUGUUCUUCGACUCCAAUCCCGUCGGCAGGAUCCUGAACCGCUUCACGAAGGACAUGCACUUCAUGGACGACCUCCUGCCAAUGACCCUGUACGACUUCAUCAUCUGCAGCUUCAUGGUGACGGGCGGCACGCUCAUCAUCUUCUUCGUCAACCCCUGGGUGGUUCUCAGCAUGGUCCCGGCCAUGUGGUACUUCCUGUAUCUGAUGAGUUUCUACAUGAAGACGAGCAGGGAAGCCAAGCGGCUGGAGGCGGUGACCCGUAGCCCGGUGUACUCCCAGCUGUCCGAGACGCUGGACGGCCUUGUCACCAUCCGAGCCUUCGGCAAGCAGGACCGGUUCCUGAGCCAGUUCACAGAACGGGUAAACAUGAACACGAGGGCCUACUUUGCGUGGGUGUACACCGCGCGGUGGCUAGGUUUCCGGAUGGACAUGGUGGUGAUCAUCGUUCUCACUGCUAGCUGCUUCUUCUCUGUCGCGGUGAACGAGUACAGUGAUUCCGUCGUCAGUUUCAGGUCGGUAUGGUUGAUUCAUCGGCGUCUGGAUUCACUACGUCAUUGCGGGAAAACGCUUCUCAGCUAA